AUGCGGGACGCCGCGGGCGAGAACGUCCAGCGCGCGUCGCUGCGUGUCUGCAGCCCCUGGCAGUGGACGUGCUGGCGGUGUGUGCGAGGGCCCCAGGUGCCUUUGCUGAAGCUGCGUGGUGCUCCCCCACACACCGUCGGUGCCGUCCCCGCCGCCGUCGCAUCCCGUCGCGCAAGCCAAGACACGAGGUCCGCAGUCUCCAUUAUCCUGGCACUGAUCCCCGCGCGGUGCGCGGCACCUAGUCCCAUCACAGGUCGCGCUUUACGUGUUCCUCCUUCACACACCCUCGCCCCUGUGUCCGGCCGAAACGCUGCAUCAAUGAUCAUCGCGCGCAGGAGGUGCAAGUCCGCAGGUCUGGAGACGCGGUGCGCUAGCAGCAGGAACGCAAAGACGCGUCCGUUUUCGCGCCAGCGCGUCGUCUCUUCUCUGUCUUUCUCUGGCACCGGGCUCGCCUCGACGCCUCGACCCCGCACCAGGACGCGCUUGGCCCCCCACUUCCGCGGGGCCCCGCGGUCGCUGCCUCCUCUCGCGCACAAGUAG